AUGCAUUCCAAGGGGAUACCGGAAGCAAUAUAUACCAAAACUGAAGCUCUAUGGCAAGAGUUCGUAACCACUAGCGACCGGAAUGUUGCUCUCGAACUCAUUGAGUCCCUCAAUGAAGCACGACAAGCUAAAUGGGAAAGCACAGUCCAAGACAUGAACUUCGCACUCUCAAGCCGUAAAGCCUGGCACCUACUUAAACGCUUCACUUCUGGAACUGCCAUCCAGAAGAGUGAACCAAAAGUAUGCCCCAGCAAAAUUGCGGAUAGGAUUGUAAAAUUGUCUAAAGCACCCAGCCACAAAAAACACACCCGUGAGGUGCGUAAGGAUCUUGAAUCUCUUAAGACAGACACUGCUCCAGGCCCCUAUUUCAGCCGUCCAGUUACAGCAGACGAGAUAACUGCCAGUAUCAGAGCUAUUAAGGGAAACAAAGCUUGUGGAAAAGACAAAAUCUUUCCAGAGCUCAUAAAACACAGUGGACCCCACACCCGUGAGUGGCUCGCGAAAUUCUUCACGAAUAUCGUUGACUCUGGAAAAAUCCCACUUGCGAUGAAACGGGCGAAGAUAACGGCAAUACUCAAACCUGCUGCUUACGACACAGUGUGGCGCCAGGGACUGCUGUACAAACUACUCAAGCUGAUCCCCUAUAUAAAGAUCUACAAAGUUAUUGAGGACGCCCUUACUAACAGACCAUUCCGUGUCCAUCUGGGAGAUAAGUCUAGCUUAUCGAGGGUCCUGAACAACGGCCUCCCGCAGGGCUCAGUCCUCACACCAACACUCUUCAACGUGUACACCCACGAUUUGCCAGAGACGCUCUCCAGGAAAUUUGCGUACGCUGACGAUCUAGCUCUAGUCGCACAAGGUCGCAGUAUAGAGACAACAGAAAGUCACCUUUAUAACGACAUGACCACGCUUGAUGACUACUUCAUUCGAUGGCGCUUGUGUCCGAAUGCCUCCAGGACGCAAGUCUGCUAUUUCCACCUAAAUAACCGACAGGCUAACAAGAAACCCAACGUCACCUUUAGAGGCUCCACUCUCCCCUUUAACCCCUGUCCCAAAUAUCUGGGUGUCACCCUAGACCGGUCUCUCACAUACAGUGCCCAUCUGAACAACGUCGCAGCGAAAUUGAGAACCAGGAACAAUAUGCUAAAAAAGCUGACAGGGACAACGUGGGGGAUGCUCGGCAGCGACGCGUCCUGGAAGGCAAUGCUCGACCUUUGA